AUGUCUCUAUUAUUUAUUCAUUACGCGAUUCGGCUCGCACUGAAAUCCACGCACGCGCAAUCACCAUACGUCCAUCUGCGCCUAAAAGCGAAACGUCAUUGCACGGUGGAAACGGGAAAACGCCGGGCGGGGACAGGAAAGAAAGGGAAGAUCUCCGCUGGAGGGAGAAGCGAAGCCGAGCUGCGAUUGGCCGAAGGAAACGAGGCGUGCCCGGGGUGGAGGAACGUAAUCGAGCAAUAA